AUGCCGGCUACCCAUGUUGACACCACUGAGAGUGAGGGAGGUACCACCCUCUGGAAUCAUGCCAAAACAUUUGCGCUCGUCGGAGCGGUCCUCAGUUUGUUCUUCUGUGAACUGAUCAUCCUGGUUGGUGGUGGGACUUUCGCCCAGCGUGUUGCCGCUGAAAUUGGCGGUUUCGGUCUCACUUCAUGGCCAUCACUGGCAGUGAUCAUCUUCACUGUUGCCCUCGCCGCACCACUUUCCCAGGCCUCCGAUUAUUGGGGCAGAAAGUGGAUCCUUAUUAUUCCUAACAUUGGUGGCAUAGCUGGUGCCAUCAUCUCUGCCCGCGCAACGUCAAUGGGAAUGUAUAUUGCCGGAUUCUGCGUUGGAGGCAUCUGCUUCGGUGCACAAGGCCUCAUUCUCGCGGUCAUCUCUGAAGUCCUUCCCCGGCGCUUCCGGUCCUGGGCCCAAGCCUCAGCAAACAUCAUGAACGCGCUUGGCUCCAUCUUUGCUCUGACAGUGGGUGGCUACUUGGUCGGCUCGCGUGAUGGCGGCUGGCGGAUCUACUUCUACAUCUGCGCAGGUAUCUACGCUGUUGCUGUUGUUCUCGUCUUCCUCCUCUACAACCCGCCAACGAGGGAACUUCAGUAUCUGAGCUUCAGGGAGAAGGUCGCUGCUCUGGACUGGCCGGCAUAUUUUCUUCUUGGGACUGGAUGCACUCUACUCUGUUUGGGCCUUCUGUAUGGGGAGAAUCCCUACCCUUGGAAGAAUGCCCAUGUCCUCGCACCUCUUCUCGUCGGUGUUGUACUUCUCUGCAUCCUAGCUGUCUACGCCACCAAGUUCAAGAAGGACGGCCUCUUUCACCAUGCUCUGUUCCAGCACCGCAACUUUCCAAUCUCCGUCGUCGGCUCUGCCCUCGAGGGCAUGGGCUAUAUGACAGCGGCCGUCUUUUUCCCCUACGCACUCUCCGUGCUUCAGGCAGGUCAGCUAAGCACCUACAGACAAUACUUGUGCCAGAUGGUCGGUUUCUGUGCCUUUGGCGUUGCCUGUUUUCUCUCGGGGCUCUAUAUCUACAAGACGAGGUCGGUCAGAGUGACUGGCGUAGGGACAUUUGUUCUGUUUCUCAUCUUCAUGUGUCUCAUGGCCAGUGUCAACGAGAACACUCCUUCGACCCACUACUGGGGCUACAUUCUAUUCUACGGCUCAGGCUUGGGCCUCGCCCUGGUCACUUUCUUCACAGCUGCACAGUUCGCUACACCUCCCGAGCUGAUAGCCACGACUACUGGAAUUUGCACUGGCGUCCGCAGCUUGGGCGGCUCAGUUGGACUGGCGAUUAUCAACGCAAUCUUUGCGAGCACACUCACCAGCAACCUAGCUCCAAAGGUCACCAACGCCGUCGUACCGCUGGGUCUGGAGGGAGCGAACAUCGGUACGCUGAUUGGUGCCUUGACCUCGGGAAACAUCGCAUUGGCAGAAAAGAUCCCAGGUAUCAGUCCCGAGAUCAUCGCUGCAGCUGUUUUGGCUGUCAAGCAAGCAUACGUAGUCUCGUUCAGAAAUGUCUUCAUUUGUGGAGCAGCAUUCAUGGCUGUGGGCAUCAUAAUCACUGCGUUUAUGACCAACCCACGUUCAGAGUUCAACGCGAAGGUCGAUGCUCCCAUCGCAGUCUCAUCGGAGAGUGAUCUUGAGCCCGAAUCUAAAGCCGUCACUGUCGAUCACAACGAGGGUCACGAGCUCGGCGAACGCAGAUAA